CAACAGUUUCCUUAGCACUCGUUAAUAAUGAUGUCAACUCGUAGUAUGCGUUUAUCAUGCAGUAGCUCUAUGCAUAGUAUACGAUCUAAGGUACAGACCGUAAACAACUUAUUGUAUUCGUGGUUAUUUAACUAUUAUAUAAUACUGUACUUUUUUUGAUUAAUAUACUUAACGUGUUUAGGCCAAUAAUAUGGAGUUUAAAACUAGAGUAAAGAACCAAAGCGACAUGGAAGUAUGGGAAAUGUCAGAAGCGUAUAACGUAAGAUUGAAUUAAUACUAAAUUAACUUUAAACAAUAAAAGUUAAUAAAAAAAAAAAUUAUCCUUUUAGUUGUUAAAAGUUCAUUUAUUAUCAUUCAUUAUUGUAUAAAUUAUUAGCAGUAAUAUAUUGAGGGUAUAUAGUGUAAUAAAAUAUACAUUGUACAUCCAGAAUACUAUUUUUGGGUUUAUAUUUAUUUAUAAACAUCAUUAAAAAAAAUAUGUAUAUACUUCAUAUGGUGGGUGGGCCACUGUUGGUGAGAAAUUGUUAAGUUAGGAUAUAGAGGAAUAUUGCUAAAGAAAUGAUACUGAACAGAGUUCAGUUAUUCAUGUUUUAAAAACGUCGUAAUAUGUACAUUUUUAUGAAAAUUUGAUAUUAAGAUUCUUAUAAAAAAAAAAUACUUUAUUAAACUCAAUUUUUACUUGUUAAUCUCCAAGAACAACCUAUAAUGAACCUUCUGUUAAUUUUCAAACAUUUCUGUUUGGUCUAAUAAAUGUAUACACAGAGUACCUAUCACGUAAAAACUAUAAAAAUUCAAAUUUCCAAAAAUACUUUAAAUAUCUUGAAAAUUGUACAUUGCGAAAAGGCAAAUAUAGGUUUACUGUGCAAAUUUCAAGUCUCCAUGAAUAUUUUUAAUUUAAUUACAACCAAAAAGAAAAUUAAAAAUAAUAAAAGCAUUAAUUUUCUCAGUUUUUCCGCAAUUAUGAAAACUACUUGGAAAAUAAAAAAAUGACACCCUAAAGUACCAAUAAGAUAAAAAUCCCUUUUGAAAAGGUGCUACAAUUAAAAAAAAAGUUAAACAUUUUGAAAACAAUUAUUAAUUUUAUUGUAUUUUCUAUCUCGAAAGAGAAAAGUCCUCAAUUAUAAGAAUAUUAAUUUUUUUUAUAAAUAAAACACAUUAUAUGUUAAUAUUAUAAUAAUUAAAAAAAGAAAAAAAAUAGGUUUCAGAAAAUAUUAAUACCAACAUAUUCCAUAUACAACAUAUAAUACGAGUUAAAAGCUAAUUUAAAAUUUAGGUUUUCAAAUCGAAUAUCCCGCUGAACAUUAUGCUGUUUUAUCUACGUUGUGGUUCUAUUUACUAUUAUUUAAAACACUAUUUUUUUUUAAAAUUAAAAAAAUUUUAGAAACUUAGUACCUAAAUUAAUAUUAAAAUUGUUUUAAAAUUAUUAUUUUGAUGUUUUAGGAUUAUAUUGGAUUUAUAUCAGCUAUGAACAAAUCGGUGUGUGCUAUACCAUUGAAUAAACCAUUAAGUUUAUCAAAUGAAAGCAAACUAAUAUUAAAUAUAUUAAAUUCUAUAGAUAAUUGGAUUACAGAAGUGGAACCACUGAAAGAGAGCUGUAGGUUUGGGAAUAAAGCUUUUUCUACAUUUUAUAAUUUAUUAAAAACGGUUAGAUAUUUAAUUUGAAGUGUUACUUUGCUGUAAUAAAAAAAUAAUUGUUUUAAGUUUUAAUUUUAGAGAUUGCCCGAUAUACUGUCAAAAGAACUUUCAUUGGUCGAUCAACAAAAUGUUAUUGAACUGACAACAUAUAUUAUUGAUAGCUUUGGUAACCCAACUCGUAUUGAUUAUGGUACUGGACAUGAAUUAUCAUUUUGUAUGUUUUUAUGUGGUCUGUUCAAAGUAAACAUGUUAAAACAGAGUGAUAGUAAAGCUACAGUAAACAUUUUGUUUUCAAGGUUAAUAAAAUAUAUUUUUGAAUUUUUAAAACAUAUUUGUUAUGAUACCAAAUCUCUUUUAGAUAUUUAGAAAUAGUCCGAAAACUUCAACUCAGAUAUCAAAUGGAACCGGCUGGAAGUCACGGGGCUUGGAGUUUAGAUGACUAUCAAUUUGUACCUUUUAUUUGGGGCAGUGCACAGUUAAUUGGUAAUACUAGUUGGUACAUUUAUAUAAUACAGGAAAAAUGUAUUUUGAUUUUGAUUUUAAAUCUUUGGUUUAUAGAAAAUCCCGACCUUAAUCCCAAUUUGUUUGUUGAUGAAAAAUGUGUGCAACUGUUCAAAUCAAAAUACAUGUUCCUUGGUUGUAUCGAUUUCAUAAUGCAAGUUAAAAAAGGAUUGUUUCAUGAACAUUCUAAUCAACUUUGGAAUAUAAGUGGUGUACCAAGUUGGAAUAAAAUUAAUGAAGGUCUUAUCAAAAUGUAUAAAAAAGAGGUAAAAUAUAUAAAUUCAUCAUUAAACUUUAAUUAGACUUAAUUUUAAUUGUUUCUUAAUAUUCAGGUGCUGGGAAAAUUUCCAAUAAUUCAACAUGUACCUUUUGGAAAUUUAUUUCAGUUUAAACAGUGUGCUAAGAAAAUAAUGGUUCCUACCCCCUCUACAAUAAUAACACCUACAUCUACUUUGUUGGACAAAUUAAAGAAAACUGAACUAUCAGAGUCAAAUAUUGUAAAUAAGUAAAUUGUUGGCAACAUAUAUUAACUGUGUGUAUUAGUUUCUAAUUUUUGUGAAUAUUAAUUAAGAAUAAUUAUAUAAAAAUUGCCUAAUUUACCAUGUUCAUAUAUUGAUGUUUUCCUAUUUACUUUGACUUAACAUUACUGACAUUUACAUGUAGUGUUGACAAUUCAUCGUCAUAUAUUCACUUGUUGAAUAAAAAGACAAAGUAGAAAAUUACCGCUUGAUUAUAAAUUCUAAAAUUAAAACUUGACCCUAUUUAGCUAGGUUAACAACAAUGUAUAAUAUUGAGAUUGGUAUUAAAAUACAGAGGCAAUGUGGUUAUA